AUGAAGGAGUCUGCAAAAAUCUCAGACGACAAGCCAAAGGCUAGCAAAGAAGCUAAAGAGAAGACUGACGCAGAUGAUGAUGACAAGAUCUUUGGGAACAUUGUGGAGUGUAGCCUGAAUCAUCGGGAGGUGCUUCGUACUGAUAGUUUCACAAAUGCAUGGAAGGAGAAGCCAAAGGAAAUCCAUUGGGUGAAGAUCGGAAAAGUUAUUGCUAUGAUCUUCUUCGUCAUAUUCAUUGUGUCAUUGGGCUUGUUCAUCAUAAGGGAGCAUGAAAUUGAGCAGCUUGUGUCAACUGCUGAGAAGAAUAGAGAAGGUGUUCCUAAAAUUAGCUCCCCCAUAAAACCUGACCAUGGUUUCGUGACGUCAUCAACUACUGCAGCUCCCCCGGAUAUCACCGAUAUGUUUUCAGGACUAUGA